UGUAUAACCUUUUAUUUUUAUGUUUCGCGUCUAUUUUACAACAUAUACAAUAAAAUUAACUGUAAUCAUCUAUUGAAAUAACAUUUCUGUGUGUCAAUUUGUGCAUCAAAGUGAAAUAAAAGCUAAACAUCGGUUAGUUAAUUCAAAACAACACUAAACGAAAAAUUAAAUUAGUUCAAUGUUCCGAACUUACUUAAUAGUGGCAUGUGCUGUUAUUUCGUGAGAUACGAUUAAUUGUGCGGAUUCUUUUAUGAAUAACAACGCCAUUUUGAUUCGUUUUAUAAGUUAACAUCGUUGUGUUAAACAAUUUUGAAAUUUAAUUUUGAACAAUGUUUUGUGUCCAAGAAAAAGAUUCACCUCACUCAGAACCCUUUAGAAAUUCAGAUAAAGAUCCCCUGAACACACAAUCAGAAUCUAGUGAUGAUGAACCAGACCCGAAAAGACUUAAGUUCUCGAGUCCUGAUCUUAAUCUCCAAGUUUACCAGAUACCAGCCUUCAAUGCACCAAAGUCGUUAUCCAUAUACCCGACAACACCCACCAGUACACUUCCAAAAUUCGUUAACAACCCAUUAAACUUGGCAAAUCCAUUAGCAUUUGCAACAAGUAAUUUGCACAGUAAUAACAUUGUAAAGAAUUUGCAAAAUCGUUAUUCAUUACCCGCAAAAUUGACUAUCACCCCAGUCACAAAGGGCGUAUGUGACGGUGAGAUCGUGAGAUACAAAAAAAAUGGUGAAAUAGCUAAGAAGCGAGGUCCUCCGAAAGGCUAUAAGAGGAAACCAAAGGAUUUGUCGCAGAGCUUUUCCAAUGGAGCUUUAUUACAGGCACAAAACACGAUUCUAACGAGUCUGUUAGCAGCCACGAACACAACGUUGACAACAUUGACCGCCCCACCGAUACCACCAGAACCUGCCCCCGAAAUAAAAUUACCACCAGGCACAGAAUUAAUUGAAACCCUUCUCGAUCCUGAAGACUGGUUUCCAACCGAACCAUACCGAAUGGUUUUUAGUCGAAAAAAGAAUCCGAAGUGGAAAAAUUUUCCGUAUCGUUGCGAACAUUGUUUUAAGGGCUACAGAGUAGUGUCGACCCUCGUGAGCCACUCAGCGGAGCGCCACGGUUGCGUGCCCAAGGACCUCGCGAUACCCUGCCCGUGUUGCCCCCACGUGUCCCUUCGGAGAAAACAACACAAGAAACACUUGGAAACCCAUGAAGGCAAACGGCAUAGGAUAUUCUGUCCAUACUGUCUGCCGCCAUCUGAUAAAUCGGAGCCCUAUGUGAAGGAGUCUGUCAAAUAUCCAUUUGACAAAUUCCCCCAAUAUUGGUAUGCAUCAGAAGAGUCCCUCCGUCUCCACAAGAAGAGAAAACAUCCGUACGCCGCCAUGUUUAAUUACAACUGGUUCUACACGUGGGGUGAUAUUGCGCCGAACAGCUAAAACUUGGUCAUUUCCUAAAAUGGUAGCUUCCAACUGGCAAUGGUAGAAAAUCGGUACAAAAUGGUAGCUUUUUAUAAUUUUACGGUGCAUGUGUACAUUGUAUCACAAUUUUAAUAUUUCCUUUUGUCAAGAGAUUACACGUUUAAUAAGACCGGUAGGUUUAAUAAAAACGCCUGAAUAGUAUUAGUAUUUUUUGAUGUAAUUUAUACACGUGGCAACACUAGCCUUUCUAGUACUUAUGAUUAGAUUUAAACGUAGAAUAAGAACUCCGAUCAGACGUCCCAGUGUUGCAAUAUGAAAGAAAAAGACUAAACGGGAAAUAUGGUCACAAUAUUUUUAAUGUGUGUAUAUUUUUGUACGAUCAAUUUUAUAACAAAAUCAACAGAAAAUGUGCCUUCGAUGGUUAAGACAAAAUUUCGACAUUCCAUUUUUAUAUAUCA